CCCAGCAUCUCUCAUCUCCAUCAUGCGCGCGCUCCUCGUCCUACUGGUCGUGCUCGCAGCCUUGGCCCUGGGGACUCACGCCUCCCCGGGCUUCAUGGGCAUGGGGGGGAAGGGGGACUACGACUACUACGAUGAGGGAGAGACCGUCAUCUACGUGCCAGUCCAGUACCCAGUCCACCACUACUCCCAGUCCAGCUCGUAUGGCGGAGGGUUCCGCUCAUGGGGGCGGCGGUGGAGGGUAUGCCAUGAUGGGAGGUUACGGGAAAUAGACCAUCAUCAUUGCCAGCGGAUAUUACACUUAAGAUUUGUAAUGUUUUGGGUGAUUUUCCUUUGCUGCAUUUCGGCUUUUUUGCAAAGGCCAGAAGAAAGAAUUUAGUUUUUAUUUUUAUUUUCUUUUUUUUUUCGUUUAGUUUUGUUAAAUUUUUACGGGUGUCUGUUCGUUCGUGUGAAUGCUUUGUUAUCAUGACUGAUUAAUAAACGG